UUAAAUUAGAUGAACUAUUUAAGGUGACUAAAAAUCCAAGUAGUAAUGAUAAAAUUUUUAAAAUUAAUUAUAAAGAACUUUAUUGUUUUGGUCAUAAUGAUAACAAUGAUGAAGAAAGUAAUAAAGACAAUAACAAAGCUAAUAUGAAAGGUGAUAACAAAAGCAGUAAGAAGGGUAAUGAUGAAGCUAACAAAGAAGGGAACAAGAAAGGUAAUGAUAAAGUUGACAAUGAAAAUAACAAGGAAGAUGAUGAAAAUCAUAAUAAAGGUGAUAAAGAAGACGACAAGGAAGAUGAUGAUGAAGAUGGUAAUAAAGGUGAUAAAGACAAAGAAGAAAGUGACAAGGAAGAUGAUGAAGGUGAUGAAAGUGAUGAAGAGGACAAUGAAAAUAUUGAUAGAAGAAUUAUUAAACAACAAUGCAUUGUGACAAAAACUUCUAAAAGAGUUAAUUGGCCCACAAUACCUACUUUCCUUCAAGAA